UAGAGUAAGGGGAAGCCACGCUGUUUUACCGCUCGAUCUCUGCUUUAGGAGAAUCUUUCCAUCUGAGAUUUUGUCGAGAUCCGAAUAAAUUACGUAUUGUGAUGCGUUUCAGAGUGUUCCUUAACGUUACCGACGUGAUGUGAGAGAGUGGAGUGCCAUUUUGAGCCCUGUUGCGAAUGAUGCUUAGCUAAAAUGAAGGAUCAACGCCCAGGAAAGAUAACUUUCCACCUGUUCUUGCUAAAUAGCUGGAAAUGUUUGAUGCUUCCCGUUCAGUGAUGGGGAGAAUUUGUAUUCAUUCGAUCCAGUGAUGCUUACCUAGAGCAAGAUCGCAAUUGUGUGGAGAAGAGAAAAUAAGAUCUAAAGAAAGAGAGAGAGAUGAAGAAAUGUUCUGCUAGUUUAUAACCGAUAUGCAAAAGGAAGAGAAAAUCAAAGAUAACAUGAUAUUUAUUUCUGUGUUCGCCCUCCUGCUCCCAGCAAUCUAUUCCUUGGAGAUCAAAAAAGUAUCGGCGGUGGAGGGCAAAACAGCUUCACUUCCGUGUGACUUCCACCAUCCGCCAGAUGACUCUGUCUUCCUCAUUCUCUGGUUCAACGACAAUCUUACCACCCCCAUCUACAGUUACGACAUGCGUCCUGGGGCAGGAAGGACGCACUGGGUAGACGAGACCGUCUUAGGGUCAAGAGCGACCUUAGACGUGGACGUGACCCCAGCCAAACUGGUCGUGUCCGAUAUCAGGGCAUCGGAUGCUGGUCUUUAUAAAUGCAGGGUUGACUUCCGACGUCAGCCUACUAAGACCACCAGAGUCAAUUUGUCGGUCAUAGUACCACCAAAGACCGUUUUUGUGGUCUCCAAAGAAGGACCAGUGACAAGUGUUGUUGGCCCUUACCGUGAGGGUGAUACCGCUUCUCUCACUUGUAUUUCUAAAGGAGGUUGGCCUCGGCCCCGAGUGCUGUGGUACCAAGAUGGCCGCCUCAUCGACGAUCAGAUGGACGAAGAUCCGGAGGAGGCGGCCAAUAUCGUGGAGGAAGCGAGCGCGCAUUCCAAGCCCUUAGCGAUCUCCAAUACAUUUCUCCAGGGACCUCCUCCCACCAGGAGACCGAUGCGAGUUUCCAGGAACAUUGACCUCCAGCCCCCCAAAAAUAGGAUCCUGAAGGGGACCAAAAAACACCCGAAUACGGCCAACUUCUCGGUGCAGAAUACCCUCACUCUGGGACCGUUCACGCGAGCCGAUCUAAAAAAGUUGGUCACUUGCGAAUCCACCAAUACCAAUUUGACGUCGGCCGAGAGCGCCCCGGUGAUGAUUGACAUGAACUUGGAGCCUUUGGGCGUUCAGCUUUAUGGACCAGACGAACCUCUCAGCUACGGGAAACAAUACGAGGCUGUGUGUGAAGUAACCGGGUCAAGACCACCUCCGACUAUCACGUGGUGGAAAGCAACGGUUCGAGUCCAGGGCGCCAGAGAGACGACUACCAGUGAUGGCAACAUGACCACAUCUAUGUUGACUAUAACUCCAAAGCCGGCUGACGAUGGGACCACUAUGACAUGCCGAGCGGAAACUGCUACCAAUACUGUUCUUGAACAGUCCCUUCCAUUAACCGUUUACUACGUUCCAGAGACGUUCGUGAGUCUGGGUUCGAACUUGGACCCUCGCAAUAUCAAGGAGGGGGACGAUGUUUACUUCGAGUGUUCCAUCAAGGCUAAUCCUCGAUCAUACAAGGUUGUUUGGAAGCAUAACGGUCGAGAACUACAGCACAACAUAACUGUAGGCGUUAUAGUCAGCAACCAGUCUCUAGUCUUGCAAAAAGUGACGAGGAGGCACGCAGGGCGGUAUACGUGCACAGCCUCAAACAUUGAAGGAGAUGGCACGGCCGAUCCUGUCACUCUCGACAUCAAAUACGCUCCCGUAUGUGCACCAGGUCAGGUCAUAACUUAUGGUGUAGCGAGGAACGAAGAUGCCGAAGUGACCUGUCGUGUUGCAGCAAACCCUCCGGCGGAAGAUUUUAAAUGGACCUUCAACAAUACAGCGGAUACCAUAGACGUUCCUCCUGGGAGAUUCACCUCAACCCCGACGUACAGCAUAAUCACCUAUACGCCUAUGACAGAGUUGGACUACGGAACCCUUCUGUGCUGGGCGGAAAAUGCCAUUGGGCAACAAAACCUUCCUUGUGUCUUCCACAUCGUGCCAGCCGGUAAGUAAGAGGAAAACCCAGACCCUCCAGCCAACUGCUCUGUGAGCAACCAGACGUCGAACUCGUUCAUCGUGGCAUGUCAGAAGGGCUUCGACGGAGGGCUGCACCAAGUUUUCUUCCUGAGGGUGGCGCAGCCGGGAACGCAGGGACACACCUUGACUGGGGCCCAACCGGUGUUUCAGGUGGAGCAGCUGUCCCCAGACACCACUUACAGACUACAGGUGUGGGCGGCUAACGACAAGGGAUCCAGUCCUUCUCUGCAUCUCCAAGGCUUCACUACGCAUCCGCCUUCCCAUCACCACACGGCUCAUGUCGUGGCGGAGGUGCGGGAAGGCAGUAGCAGUGAUGGGAGCAGUAGCAGCUCAGGUGGCAAUUCCAAGGACAAUGGAAGUGGCGACUUCAGCCUGAUCGGGAGCGAGGUCGGGGGUGUCCCAGCCCUGGUGUCGAUAGGAGCUGGAGCAGGUGUCCUCAUCUUACUUAUCUUCUUGGUGGCUGUGUUGUUACGACAUCGCCUGAGGCGGCCCGUUGUUCCCCCUCCCACCCACCCUCCCGCCCACAGCGUCCUGCCGUCGUCACCGCAACCAAUUCUCAAAAACGUUCAUGACAUAUCACACACCUGCGCCGAGAGGGAAAUGCAGGUGGAGAGCGAGAGUGAAGUGGAACCUGACCUAAUUCCUCAAACGUUGGCCCAGUCAGGCCUCACGCCCUCGGGUCCACUUCUGAUGCCUCCUCCGAAUUACGGGGGCGCAGAGGCCCAUUUCCCCGAUACUCAGAUUCGAGGCGGACCUGCUUCUUCUUCUGCUGCUGCUGCUGCUGCUUCUGCUGUUGUCGGAGGGGGACUAGGAGUGGGAGUAGUGGCUGGAGGGGGAGGAGGAGGGGUAGCAGGAACAGCAGCAGCAGUGACAGGCCACCACCCCUCCUCCUCUUUUCAACAACAGCAACACAUAAGCAAUGUGAUGUCGACGACCCCCCACCACGAGCAGCACCUGCUUUCCAAACAUCAUUAUCAGCAUGACAUUACCAAUGAUCCAAGAUACGCGCAUCUGGACUUGGACGAGGGAGGUCAGCAUCAGGUCAUGUUGGCCACUCCCAAAUCAAGGCUCGUUCCAACGGUCUACGCUACACUAGACACCCGCCACGCCCAUUCCCGAGUAACCUUUGACCUAAGACAGGCGCAAAGCCAGGUUAGCAUUGGCCAUGACCUUGGAUACCCUCAGAGAGGCAGCGGAAUGGGGCCCAGUGGUCAUAAUCCUCGGGGAGAUCCGACUUGUGACCUGGGAUACGGUCAGCAUAUGGCCCAUACCCAUAUCCCCGACCUGGGUCGCUCGCUCUUAGACGAAGACCCUACCCCUGAAACCCCCCUGGUGGGGAAAAGGGAAAGCUCUGUUUGAUGCCCUUCAAAAGAUUAGAUACUAAUUAUAUGUAAAUACCUUUUUCUUUUUAUCAGUUAGAAAUAGGUUGUUUGAGGGCAUUUCUUUCCUUGUUUUUUUUUCUCUUUUUUACUUAGGAAUAAUGAAUUAUUUUCACUAAGUUCUAUUCUUGAAAUGAGUGUUUAUAUAAAAUACAGUGUAUAUACGAGAGAUCUGAUUAAAUACUGGUUCACUUCACGGGGCACAUGGAUGAAAUCACGUGAAUAUGAAGGAAUUUGAACGUUUUAUGAAGUAACUUUCUUGGUAAUUCUGUACAUAAGAUUUUAUGAAAUCCUCUUCUGGUUGAUAAAGAAUAUGGUGAAACAUUUAUAACACGAAUUGUAUCCUAUGUAGACUUUUGUAAGUGUUUGAUACGUGUAUAAUGGAUUCUACCAGAACACUUUGACCGUCUCCAUUCCCUUUUCCGCCACUUUGUUACUUCUUAACAACUUUAUCAUUCCUCGGGAAACGAGUUUAUUAAUCCAGUUUUGAAAAAUCCAUUUUUUUAGACUAAUUUUUUUUCCUUUUAAUUCAGAAUUGAGAAAUUUGCCGGAGUCAGCAAUUUACCCGAACUCGUUAAUGACUAGAUCAACUUCACUGAUUGACAAAUAGUCUUUUGAAUGAGUUCACCGAGUACCAGAACACUUUGAUGAUAACCUCAAUACUCUCUUGAGCGCCAUCCAAAUCACCAUGAGAAUUUAAUAGAAAUCAUCAGAAAAGUCACCCUAUGACAUUGGCUGACUUCGUCAUUCGUCGAAGUCGAUAGAAAUAAUUAUUAAUCGUCCGCUUUCAUUUGAAUGACAUCCAGUCAAUAACUGUAAUAAGCUUCAUUCAUUUUUUGUCAUUUGAAUCGUCGCAACUUAGGGAUUAUAUUUUAAUUCUUUUUUAUAAUAAGUCACAGAUAAUUUAUGUCAAGUAAAGGUUGCUUAAAAUUAAUUGUAGUGUAUCUUUUUGGAGUAAUUUUUUGUGAAAUUUUUCUUGUUUCCUUAUGUUAGUGCUAAUUAACAAAUGACUGAUUUGAGGAAUAUUAGUUAUCACAAUAUAAAUAUUAUAUUAUCGUUCUACCGAUCGGCCUCAAGUUGAAUGAACCUUACAUUUUUUUUUAACGAUACCAGCUCAAACUCAUACAUAAAUUUUAUAUAAGGUUUAACAAACACAAAAUAUAGUUGUUUAAAAGUUGCCAUAUUUUGGUGCUUCUUAUCCCUGGAUGCUUACAUAACUUACUCCAACAGAAAACUCCAUAGUUGUAUAUAUAUAUAUAUAUAUA